AUGCUUUAUCCGCCCGCCUUCGAGAUACUUGCAAAUCCACCGACAGAGCCUAGCACACUGCCGCUGGUGCGCCACAUGGUUCGACAUGGAAUUUCCGCCAUCGGAGACACAUCACCAGUGAACGCGCAAGAAAUGAGAGAGCAAUGUGGUCGGUUGGACAAUUUUGGGGUCUGCAAGCAUGGCGGCGCCAAAGCCGUCAGCAGCACGCAUGCAGCCUCACCCUCACUGUCCGAUUCCCAGCCAAAGCACGUCACCGGCGGAGCUGAGUCCAGGACCUGCUGCCUGCCGCGCUACGCUGCGCUACGUUGCGCUGCGUCUUCUUCUUGCAAAGCUCUGUAUUGCACUGCAAGUGCUCCCUCCCUUGUAGAGGCCUCCCAACCCAGUGGAUGUGAAGUGUGGCAACAGCCAUCAGCGUUCCCGCAGCCAUAG